AUGCAGCGAUCACUAGCGGUUGAUCUGUCUAAUUUUUCUAGAAAAAAACGCUUAUCAAUGCCACAAAUUAUUGUUGAUCAAAAUCGAAAACCGCGUGAAAAUGACUAUAAGGAUGGUCAAACAAAUGACGAUCAAAAAGUUCGUUUUAAAAUGACCAGAGUGCAAUCUGAACAAGAAGUUGACAAACGUAUUCAUAAAGCACCUGAAAUAAUUUCGCAUACACGAGAUUUGUCGCACUUUCCUUCCAUUGCCAAUCGAAGUUUAAAUCCGAAUAAUACGAACUCUGAACUUUGCGAACUUGAGCGUAUAUUCACGUUUAGCAGGCAAGAAUCGCCACUUCAACAUACUAUCAAUGAUAAAACAUCAAUUACGACGGCUAAUCGUUUCAAACAUUCACUUGAACAGCGUGUUAUACGUGAAGCUCAUUCCGCCGUACGUCUGAAUAAAAAAAUAUUCGAGAAAUCAAGUACUAGUGCUUUGGUUGUCUUGAAUUUACCAGAACCACCGAAAAAAGAAAGUGCUCUUUCGAAUUAUAUGGAAUAUCUAAAUGUGCUCACAAAUAAUUUACGUCGUGUACUUUUAAUACGUGGAAGUGGGUCAGAAGUGAUCACUAUGUAUUCUUAA